AUGGCUCCUAGGAUGUCCUGUUCUGUUGUGUCCAUCCUGGUCCUCCUUGCGAUUCAUCAACCCUUCACUGUUCACUCGAGAAGCCUAAAAUCUAUCGAUCCAAGCCUCACUUCCUUCCAGAGUUUGGAGGGGACUGUCAAGGGCCAGACCAGGCAAGGCAUCAGAGAGGUCAAGCGUUACCUCAAAGCUUUCGGAUACUUGGACUACGGAGAGGGCGAGAACGACGAUGUCACCCUCAUGGACAACAAGUUCGACGAGACUUUGGAGUCAGCGCUCAAAUCUUACCAGGAAUUCUACCAUCUUAAAGUCACCGGAAAGCUCGAUGUCAACACGUUGAAGCAGAUGAGCGCCCCGCGAUGCGGGGUGCCCGACUUGGUCCACCCUCGGCACGCAGAAAGGAAUGCCACUAAGCAUAGCAAGUUGCGCGUGGUAGCGCACUUUAACUUCUUUCCCAACAUGCCUACGUGGUCCAAAUUUCGUCUUAAUUACGCAUUCGGCCCUAUCAUCGGUGAAGUCUCGCCAGGUGAGGUUAGAGAAGUCUGCCGGAGAGCUUUCCAAAGCUGGUCAUCUGUUUCACAAUUCACUUUCGGAGAAGUUCCAUUGGAAGACUCGCCUGAUAUUGUCACAGGCUUCUACAGACGCGAUCACAGUGAUGGUUCACCCUUCGACGGGGCUUAUAAUAUUCUUGCUCAUGCGUUUACCCCGACAGACGGUAGGUUCCACUUUGACGCAGAUGAGCACUGGACCACCAGCCUGACCUCGACCCAAAUAGACUUGGAAUCGGUGGCCUUGCAUGAAAUAGGACACGUCCUAGGGCUUGCCCACAGCAACGAUGAGAAGGCCGUUAUGUAUGCCGUAACUUUGGCCGGUUCGGUCAAAAGGGAUCUUCAGCAAGAUGACAUCAAUGGCAUACGUGUGCUGUACCCUUCGCAAUAG